UCGCCUUCUCCUCUGGUGUCAAUUUGCCGCUCUGCCGCCCGUGAGACUGUUGUGGUUCAAAAAAAAUUGGGAGGAGUCUAGCUUGGGCCCGUAGAUUUCCAGCAGAUAAAGCACGCCGAUGAUGAUGUUCUUUUCGAUACUUGUUCCGCCGCUCGUUCCGCUACUCCUCCUGCUAAAAGGAAGUGAAAAACUCCGUGGCGAUGAAUCCAAACCGGGCGUUACUGCAAUUGUUCGGCGCUUCGAACAAAUCAUCUACUCAAUCUUUACCAAUAUCAGUCAUGGGAACCUACCAGAGGGAAGCGGAGUGCACGGGCGUCAAUGGGGCACAGAUGAA